GCAGUGAAGCAACUGAUACCCAGGCAACAUUUUUGGCAUCUGGAACACUGCGGACAUCCCAUGUUUGGCCGUAGAAUGAAUUGCGCAACGGGCCCAUGCGGGUCGCAAUCUUCUCAACCAUCUCAGCCGAAUCCGGGAUGUCCUUGACAAAAAGCAAGCCCAAGUGCUUCAAACUGCGCAUGGCAAGGAAAAAUUGUGAAUCGUCCUCCAUAUAAUCUUUGAACGAAACCCAAUGCUGGUUCUCCUCCAUAAUGGAUUUAUUCCAAGAGGUGCGGCGGCCCUCCUUGGCUCGGAAAAACUUCUCAACCGCGGUCAUAAUAGACAAUUGCUCUGGGGAAAAUGUCGACACAUGGGACUCGUCAUAACCAGGGAUAUCAUUUUGCCAUGUCACUACCAAUUGGCCAUCUUGAACUUUGACAGUCUCCACGGCAACGUCAUCGGGUAUAUCAGUCAUGCGAAACUCUCGUUGUUUUGUCGACUGGUCGACACACUUGGGACAGGUACAGGCAUCCCGUAAUCGAAUGCUAUGGAUAUAAACCAGUUGUUGGUUUGCGGUCGUAAUCAUCACUGUGCCAUUCUCGCCAACUGCGGCAGACUUGACGGAAGGGAUUAUAAAGGACCUCAUGGGUGAUCCUCCGACCAUCCGCACGAGCGGCUUCCCAUUUGUUGUUGAUUCCUUCCCAGGUGCAUACGGGAUCCUCCUCACGAUCGGUCUAGAUGCCUCGGGGGCAGUCUGGGUUUCGGCGGAAUCGCUGUAACCCGCUCGCAGCUGUAGAAUAGACGGGUACACAAUUUGGCCGGCAGUCCGUCGAAGCUGGGAUGAAGCGGCCAGCCUCGCUCGAGCCUGGCGCAGAGGCGCGAGAGCAAAAGACAUGGCGCCAAUCUCUCUGGGGAAUCUAAGCUAUCAAUAAGCGAGGCAAAAGAGCGCCUAAUUGUUGCCACUGGGUCGUCUAUCUGUCUGCCAUUCGUCCUUGUUGUUGUUGUUGUUGUUGUCGUUCUUGCGAGCCGCCAUAGGGGAAAAAUCGCCCGGCAGUAUCGAAUCACGUGAUUCGGAGGAUUUCUGGAUAUUUAUUUCCUUUGCGAUGAAUUCAAUCCUUGUUGUUCUUGGUGUUUAUAUCUUGUUUAAGAGAGCAAUUCCACCCAUGUUCUCUUUGGAAAUCUCCAGUUAACCUUUCGAAUCUCUUCGGUCACUACCGAAAAACGGGAGAGAUCUCUGCUCUACUCUUGUCUGUGUAUGUCGGCUGGGGGAGAACAUCUCAAUGAGGAAGGCAACAGAAUACAGGUAGUUGCUGCAGGCGCAGCUGCUGGCCUGGUCUCGAGAUUCUGCAUCGCACCCCUCGAUGUCGUCAAGAUCCGCCUGCAGCUCCAAGUUCAUUCACUAUCCGACCCCCUCUCCCACCGCGACAUCAAAGGCCCUGUAUACAAAGGGACACUCUCAACCCUCAAGUCUAUAUUCCGCGAUGAAGGCAUAACAGGCCUCUGGAAAGGCAACAUACCCGCUGAACUCCUCUACGUCUGCUAUGGCGGCAUCCAAUUUUCCAGCUACCGCGCCGUCUCUAGCGCCCUCCGCGCCCUCCCCCCUCUCCCUCUCCUCCCACACCCCAUCCCCCAGCCCGCCGAAUCAUUCAUCUCCGGCGCCGUCGCCGGCGGCCUUGCCACCGCCUCCACAUAUCCCCUCGACCUGCUCCGCACCCGCUUCGCCGCCCAGGGCAACGACAAGAUCUAUGCCUCCCUCCGCGCGUCCGUGCGCGACAUCGCGCGCACAGAGGGCCCGCGCGGCUUCUUCCGCGGCGCCACCGCCGCCAUCGCCCAGAUCAUCCCGUACAUGGGCCUUUUCUUCGCUGCGUACGAGGCCGUGCGCAACCCCAUUGCCGGCUGGGAAUUGCCGUAUGGUACGGGCGAUGCGGGCGCGGGCGUGGUGGCGAGCGUGAUUGCGAAGACGGGGGUGUUUCCGUUGGAUCUCGUGAGGAAGCGGUUGCAGGUGCAGGGCCCGACGAGGGCGAGGUAUAUUCACACCAAUAUCCCCGUGUAUGAGGGGGUGUUGAGGACUAUAAGGGAUAUUUUGGCGGCGCAGGGGGUUAGGGGGUUGUAUAGGGGGUUGACGGUUAGUUUGAUCAAGGCUGCGCCGGCGAGUGCUGUGACGAUGUGGACGUAUGAGCAUGUUUUGGGGUUGUUGAAGGAGAUGAAUCGUGGUGAUCAUGGUGAUGGUGGUGGGGAAUAGUGGUGCUGAGUGGAUUAUAAGCUGUUUUUACGUUGGUCUGAAAUUUUGGUAAGGGUAUGAGCCGCUUUUUUGGUUGUAUUAUAAGGGCACCUGCCCAUCAGGGGAGUUCUGGUGUUUCUCUAUGCUCAAAUGGGAAUGGAGCCAGGAUAAAUCCUUACAAGAUAUUGAGCACAUGCUUGGCUAGUUAGGAUACAUAUAUACUUGAGCAACAUUCCUGGAUACGUUUUCUUUGUAUUGCACUGUACAUAUACGCACCCGGCAUGCCUUCCAACCCAGUAGCUUGUGCUAGGUUUGCUAUAGUAUGUACUUCCUACGGACGGCAAAACUAUCUCCAUUGUGAGCUAUACUUUCGUCAAGUGGUAUACCUCCC